UCGAUAUUCACGAUCACGCCUUCAGCUUCAAGUCUUAGUUCAAGUAAAGUAGUUAGUGGUUUUGACUUCAGCUUUUGUUGUGUCAGUAAAUUAGUUGCGAACUUACUUUACUGAAGACUGAAGUAAUAGUUGAAAGAAGUGAGGACGAAUUGGUCACGCUAGGCCCUGAGGCUGAGUUCUUCUCGUUCGUAGCACCCGGAGUCAAAGACUGCUUGUAUUUCUCCUCGCCUUGUCACCUGGUCACUACAACGAUUUCAUAAUCAUUGUACAUAGCUCGCCAGACUUGGCGAAGCAGUGGACCUGGGAAAACUCAUUUUAUCCCACCGAGUAGUGAAUUAUUUCAUCGAGAGGUCCAUAGUACUGUAGUAGUAAUAGUAGUGACCAUACCAAGUGAACCAAUUGGAGCUGAAAAGAUUGAGCAGUAGGUUUCCUAGUACUGUAUUUCAAUUUCCAAGUAUUGUCCAUCAUUGCGGUGCGCGCCAUUCAGUGGACGUAGCUGGUACGAGGCCCCGUAGUGUUUCUAACCCGCCGGUCUCCAAUUCACGGUUGUCGAUGUGGGAAUGAUUGCAGGCAGCGAUAGCUAGCUGGUGAUUAUCUCGCAGAAGAAGACAAAAAGAAGAGGCCGGUGUUUCGUAGUGGCAGCAGUCGUUGUAGCGGAACGCCUGAGUGCUCCAUGUGUGUGCAUUGACACAGCACCAGUUCAAUGGCAACCAAGCUAGCCACAGCCACUCUGCCGGGCCUGACAAAAACAGCAUCAUCUGAUACUAUGGACACGGCUGCGGCAACGGUGGAUGCUGCUGUGGCGCACACAGCUGAUGCAACAACAGCCCCCGUCGCCAGCGCCAGUCGGAACGGCAAGCCCGCAGCGACGGCGCGUAUCCACAUCACGCACUACGAGCGCAGCGAACGAGCGAACCCGUCGCCUGUGCAUGUACGCAGCGAGAGCGUGCUCGCUGGUCCAACGCUGCUCGACGACGACCUUCACGACGUCACCACCAGCGACUCUCUGUCCGCUCACCUCGACGACAGGAUGACGAUAUCCCAACCGGCACUGCCGUCCAUGCAGCAGGUGCCGCCGUCACGACGAAACCAUAGCCGCCUCGGUAACCUCCGCCCCGGCACUGCCAGCUCCAUGUCGCGGAGCUCAUUCUCCCAUCUGAACGAGGACUCGGGUUACCAUGGAAACACAGGUGACGGUGGCGUUGAUCUCGGUGGCGCUGAUCACGAGACGGACGGCUACGGUGGAGAGAUGCUGAUGCGCGAAGAGAACUAUCUGUCCCAGGGCCGUCUGAGCGGCAUAACCGGCAUCGCCGACUUGGGAACGAUUACUUUUCUGGAGCUGCAGGUGAACACGCACCACCAGUCGCUGGGCAACUUUGGCUCUCACGUGCCCAACCUCAAGCACCUCAAGCUCAACGGCAGUCCGCUGAAGUCGCUGCGCGAUGUCGGCUCGCAGUUCGACAAGCUGUUGUUUCUAGGCAUAGCCGGAUGUGGUCUCCAUACGUUGGACGGAUUGAUGGGAAUGCCCAACCUGCUGGAGUUGUAUGCCGCGCACAAUUUCGUGUCUGACCUCAACUCCCUGUUGUCGGCAGAUCAGCUGCGAGUGAUUGACCUGGAGGGGAAUUGCAUCGAUGAUAUAGGGCAGAUUGGGUGCCUGGCGCUGUGCCUUGGUCUCGACACACUGACCCUACUGGGCAACCCGCUGUGCACGCGGCCCACGCCCUCGGACCCGGACCCCACGCCCGGCUACGACUACGUCGCAACGGUGCGACGCUACAUGCCCGGGUUGAAGGUCCUUGAUGAGGCGCCACUCGGCGCGGCCCGACCUUCUACGGCCGCGUCGCUUCAGCGUGCGCGUCCGAAAUCCGCGGCACCGUCGUCGAGGCAACGGCCGAUGACGUCGUCCGGAGUGCGAGUGCACGAUGAGGCGUCGGCGCCAAGCAGCCGCAGAGGUGUGCGUCCUCUGUCGGCGCGUGGCCUCGCGCUGCAGGGAUCCAAACUGACGGAAUCCAUGCAUGAUCUACCGGACCUGAGCGAGGACGAAAUGGAUUCGAGCGUGCUCGGCGGCGGUGGCGUUGGAGAGGGCAGGGAAUCAGCAGCAGGCGGUGGCGGUUCCGCCUCGAGCUCGUCACUCGUGGCAACGGGCGAGGUCAUGCAGGGAACGGCGUCUCGUGCACUGCGCCGUCUCCACCAGCGUCCGGCAUCAUCGCUUAGCCACAGAGUGUUUCACGGCGGCGACGACCAGGACCCCGAUGGGGAGCGACGUCGGCAUGAACCACGCGUAGCAAUAACGUCUGCUGGUGAUGCUACUGCUGCUGCUGCACUGGUGGGUGAUGAGAAGAGCAUGGCAUGCCACACGACAGCGCCAAAGAAAGCCAGCAAGGGUGACCGCAGCAGCAGCAGCAGCACCACCAGCAGCAGCAACAGCGACAGCAGGCAUGCACACAGGCAGCAGGCGCGGGGAGACAUGGCGCCGUCGACAGCAGCAGCAGCAUCAUCGAGUCAUAUUAUCACGCCGGUUAUGGCCGAUACUGGACGGCAGAGGUCGGAGGUGCUGGACGAGCUGCGACACUGGAGACAGACGUUUGACACAGGCGAGGAGCUACUGCGGCAGGCCACACAGCUCAGCCCCGUACGCGACGGAGCGUCAGUCGGCCAAGCUCACGGCGGCCAGCCACCACCACCACCAUCGCCUUCGUCAGCAUCGUCGCGUUCCGCACGGAAGGUUCGCAAGCUGCCGAGAACACCGAGCGUCGACACUUCAGACGCUCGCGGCGCCGCGCAUCAGGAGGCGGCCUCGCGGCGAGCAUCGGAGAGCAACGUGAUGAUUGGACAACUGCCUCCACCACCGGACGGCCCACCUCCGCCCCAGUAUCGACGACCUGUGCGACCGGUGACCGCACGUGCCUCACUACAACUGCUCAGCAGGAAGACUACCAGCAGCAGCAGCGGCUCGGGUCACGGCGGCGACAAGAGACCGACGGCAUCAUCGCGCGCUCCACCUCGAGGUGACAGCGAGCAACGACGACAUCACCAGCAGCAGCAAGGUGACUCCGUCCCCAUUCCCGGCGGGCCUGGCGAGCAGCCGCGCGUGGUGAGAGCCGGCACCGAGGAGCAGGAGAGAAUCCGUCAGCGCCUACGCGGCGGUGUCGGCGGUGAUGUCAGCGGCUCGAGGGGAUUGCAGCGGCCCAGCACCGCCAUGGACAAGAAGUCUGGGUACUUGCCAUGAGGGUGAACGUGACAAUACAUUGAUUGAUGGAUGCACUGGCAACAAUCUGCAACUGAAUCUCCAUGGACAAGAAAUCCGGGUGCAUGAACAUGAUUAUACUUACCAUGACGGUCGUUGACAAGACAUUGACGGAUGGAUUACAGCAACAAUCUCCAUGGUCAAGAAGUCCAGGUACUUGCCAUGACGGUCGUUGACAAGACAUUGACGGAUGGAUUACAGCAACAAUCUCCAUGGUCAAGAAGUCCAGGUACUUGCCAUGACGGUCGUUGACAAGACAUUGACGGAUGGACUACAGCAACAAUCUCCAUGGACAAGAAGUCCAGGCACUCGCCAUGACCGCAGCAAGACAUUCAAGACAUUCACUGCAGCAACAAUCUCCAUAGACCUUGGACAAGAAGUCCAGGUACUUGCCAUGACCAUGACAAGACAUUCACGGAUGCACUGCAGCAACAAUCUGCAACACAAUUUCUAGUUGCGAACGUGGAGCGUGGCUGGUGAACUGUCCGUACUGUCGUCCGCAAGCGUCGUGUGGUCUCGUCAGGUCAAAUGAAAAACCUAUUUCUACUACAAGUUCUAGUCUAGAGAAGUCUUUAUAUUUAAAAGAAUGAAAAGUGGCGAUCGGGAUACUUAGUACGUUGUCACACUUGCAGAAUGUCUGAUUAAACUCAGACAUUUUUUUGAGUCCAUGGCAAUUAACCGUAAAGCGCGGUACUUUCACUUGAUUUCAACCAAGAGUAGAUAAACAAGAGUGUGCAACUCCGGAUCUCUCCUGCACAAUCUGCAGAUACCCCCGCCCACGGCGGAAUUUUUUGUUGACGUCACCUUUUUUCAGAGAAACGCGCAGUUUGCCGCAGAGCAGUGUGAGAGCACGUGCUGGACACCGACCUUGUAGUGUAAAGCCCGGCCAAGAGCACGAGGGAAAACUUUCCGAAAGACUCGCAGCGCGUGCGUCGUCGAAAAGAUUACGUCAACAAAAAAUUCCGCCGUGGGCCAACCCAUCCGCGAGUUGCACACUCUUGUUUAUCUACUCUUGUUUCAACUCAUCAUCUGCGUGAUCAGCUAGUCUUUUGCCUAUUGGUGGUGUUCUGGAAGCAUUCUUUAAUAGUCUUUGAGGGUUUAUCUUGGAUUUGGUGUACGUAAUUGUUACGUCACAUGCAUGUUAGCUGAUGAGUAUACUUGACCCCCUCCCUCCACUCUCUCUCUCUCUCUCUCUCUCUCUCUCUCUCUCUCUCUCUCUCUCUCUCUCUCACACACACACACACACACACACACACACACACACACACACACACACACACACACACACACACACUCUCUCUCUCUCACACACACACACACACACACACACACACUCUCUCUCUCUCUCUCACACACACACACACACACACACACACACACACACACACACACACACACACACACACACACACACACACACACGCACACACUCUGUCACACGGACGCAUGCGCGCCUCACCAUAGCAGAAGUAAUUCCCUUGAGAUGUAGAUGCAAUGAUGUCAUGUAUUGCCAAAUUCGUCAAACCACGA